AAGAAUGUCUAUUGAUCAAAUAAUCAAAAAAAUGUCCAUACAUCAACAAAAACUCUUGCUAUCCUAAUUUCUAAAUUACAAUCCCAACUCUACAAUAUUUUUUAAGCAAAAAUGAUAACUUUUCCAAAAUAGCCAUUUUUUAAAAAAAUUUUUUAAAAAGAAUGCCUAUUGAUAAGAUAAUCUAAAAGAAUAUCCAUAAAUCAACAAAAACUCUUGUUAUCCUAAUUUCUAAAUUACAAUCUCAAAUCUAUAAUAUUUUUUAGAAAAAAAUGAUAAUUUUUACAAAAUAGCAGUUUUAAAAAAAAAAAUUUAAAAAGAAUGUCUAUUGAUCAAAUAAUCUAAAAGAAUGUCCAUAAUCAACAAAAACCCUUGUUCCUAAUUUCUAAAUCACAAUCUUAAAUCUACAAUAUUUUUUAUGCAAAAUGAUAAUGUUUAGUGCAAACCGUUUAAGAGAUAGUUUCUUAUAUUCCGAUACUUAAGAACCUCCUAUUAAUCAUGCAUCCGAGAUUUCUUAUUUACAAAUUGAACAGGCUCAUAUACGUACCAUUUUAUCACAUGAAGGCCCAAACAUUCAUUCCAUCAUAACCUUAAUUCGAAAAUACGUUCGGUGGAUUGACAUAUGGCCCAAAACUCUUUCCCUCUAAUAAAUAAUCACAUGUUUUUUUCUGCAACAAGUCACAUGUUAACAAAGCUUUUUGCUCAUUGGAAAUUUAUUUAACCUAAUUAAAUUUUGUUUUAAAUAUUAUGUAACCAAUUUAAUAUAUACAUAAAUUCGUUUAUAUUGUAGAUCUUGUAUUUUGUGGCCGCUCUUUUUCUCAAAAAUAGUUUCUUAAAAACGUGAGGAUGAAGCCAUGAGACCAAAAUAUCCGAAUAAAAUGACUAAUGAUGAUUUGGGAAUGUUCUUUUUCCAUAUAAAUAAAAUAAUUAUAUGUAUACAUAAAUGAAUAUAAGAAGAAAAGAUAAAGAGAAUCAAAGAGAGGAGUUGGGGGAGAUGAUGGCAUUUCUUUGCUUUGUAAAUUUGGAGCAUGUGACUUGAUCUCUCUUUCCAACUCAAAUUUCAUAUUCAUAUUCAGUAUUCUCAUCUUCUUUUCAGUUUAUUAUAUGGUUAUUCAAUUAGUUUUAUAUUAUAAACUCAGUAUCUAUAUGCUAAGGUUCUAAGCUUAUAUACGUCAAUAUCCGAAAGCCAAUUCAAAGAGGGAGACUGUCUUUUAGCAUAUGUAACGGGAGCAUUCAGAUUAACAUUGUCCCAAUAUGAAAAAUGGAUGAUUUUCGAACAACAGACGUUUUAACUUUUAACACAUCAUAUGUAUCUUCUAGUAGGAAAUUUGAACAUAUAAGGAGACAGUCCUGGAAAGAGUUAUAACUUUUUUUUUUUAAUUCUAUGUAAAUUUCAACUUUUAAUCUUCUAUAUAAAUUUUUACUUUUGGAUCAAAUGUCACCCUAAUUUUCUUUCUACAUCUAUGCAGGCCUUAUAAAAGUAUUGAAAUACUUACGUAAAGUAUUUUAUUUGCUAUAAUAUAAUUUUUCCUAGAUUAAUAAAAUUUAGUCACCAAAACCGAUCUCAAAUAAAUACGUCUAUAAUAACACGUAUUGUAUAUUGUUUUUUCAGAACUCUCAUUUGUAAAAACAAUUUUUUUAAUGAAAUACUCUAUAGUCUAAGUUAAAAGAUGUUAAUUAGAAAUUCAAUCUAAAACCGCUUUAAACAAUUGUCUGGGAAUAUGUUAAAAUCCCUUCAUCUGUAAUAUGUCAAAUUAGUUUUUUUUGUCAAAAUAAUAUGUAUCAUCAUAGAUCAUAAUACGAUAAAAUUUUACAUCUUUUAAAUGAGUUUUAGCACUAAAAUUCAUAUAUAAUUUCAUACUGUUUCGUUGUAAAAUAAAUUUCCCCCUCAUUUUUAGAUCUGUUAAUAAAACCUACCUCUUAAGGAAAUGACUAAAAGAAGAAAGGCAAAAGCCUAAAAGGAAACGACAAUGGAGGGUGGAGAAAAAGGUCACGUGAGUAAGACGUAAUGUCACGUGCAAGUUCGAAUAAUUUAUUUUAAAAUUAUUUUCUUUGAGAUCCAGUAGAGUUUAUAUUGAUAGUAUAUACUAAUAAAUUAAUUUACUUUCAUAUUUGUUCUUGGCUUCAAUUAUUAUGCUAUGCAUGUAUUUAGAUUUAUCGAGCGACUGUCUUUUACUAUAUACUACUCCAUUUUUAAAGAAAAACUCUUUCUAUUCUUCCCUUAACUGUAUGGGCAGAGUACAUCCAAUAUAUAAGCCGAAUAAAAAAUAAUAGUUUUGUCUAAAUAAUUGAAAGUUAUAGAGUUUGGUUUUUGAUUCAAUUAUACAAUUAUCCUUGUAUUAUUCACAAGAACCAUAUACCUUUUCCCUCUCCUUUGUUUCCAAGUGUAAUUUGAAAAGAAUCUUAACAUGUAGUCAUUUCGUUGUGGACCAACCUUUGAAAAGUGAUGACAUAUCAUUUCAAUAUAGUUAACAAUGCCAAAAUUUCUAAAAUUGUUUAGAUCUUAUUGGGCUGCUUUAACCAGGGCCGUGCGACAAAUUUUGGGGGCUCAAGGCAAAUUUUAAAAAUAUUUUUUUUGUAAUACGUAUUAGAAAAUAUAAAUUUUAAUUGUGAUAGAAACCAUUUUAAAUUUGUAAUAUAAAAGUAAAGGUUAAAAUUAUAAGUAGAAAACUGCUAUUUUUAGAGAAAAUUAAAGUAAUAAUUUGGUAUUUUAGAAAGAGAAAACAAUCAUUUAAAUACAAAUGAUAAAAUAAUAAAAAUAAAAGUGAUACUAACAAAAUAUUGAAUAAAAAUAAUGGUAGAUAAAAUAUACAACAUUUUGUCGUUUAAAAAAUGAUGAUAGAUAAAAAAUAUGUAUGUUAAAACAUAUCAUUUAUUUUUUCUAUGAACUCUUUCAUCAAACUAUCAUACUGUAUAAAUAAAAAUACAAACAACUAAUUUUUGGUAAGGAAAAAAUUGGAUUAUAGUAAAUAACAAAGGAAAAAUGAAAAUCAUAACUGUGAGUUAGAUCCUGUCAGUUCUUCAAUUAAUUUUUUUGCAUUUUUAACACAUAUUGAAAUUGAUUAGAAUAAAAUAAUUCAUCAAAAACAAAAGUCAAAUUUCAGAAUCAGGUAAAAAUCUACCUAAAUCUAUAUAUUUAGCUCUAUAGAAUAAUUUUAUGAAAUUAGAAACCCUAAAAAUUACACAUUUCUCGGGGGCCUAAGGCAGAAGCCUUUUUCAAACAAUAGUAAGUACGCCUCUGGCUUUAACAACGAUGGAACGCAAAGAUGUAUAAGUGAUGUAUAAUCACACUAUUUAAAGGACUUGAGAGUGACAGUCAAAAAACUAAUCAGGCUAUAUGUUAUAAAUAUGUUAAUUAACCUUUUUUAAAAACUAAUUAUGUUAACCUAGUUAUUUAGUUGUUUCAUCUAUAAAGUGAGCGCCAUAUAUAUCAAUAUAAAAUAUUUCCCAUUAUUUGCAAAUAAAAAUUAAGAAAGACUACUGAUAUAUAUAUAUAACCUGCACUAUAUUUGGUAAUCCUACAUUUGAUACAAAUUUGUAUAGGAAUGGAUAGCCGCUUAGUUACUGAGUCUACCAUUAAUGGAAAUAUAAAUUCCAUAUAAAAUUAUAGUAUGCUAAUGAAAACAAUAUAUUUAUUUAAAUUGUUUCUUUCAUACGUCAGGUAAAUCGUGACAACAACGAUAUAUUUACAAUGUUUUUACAAUGAUUAAAAAUAAUUAAUGAAGGUUCAAGGAAUCAGACAAAUUCAUCAAACAGACAAGAUAUGGGUCCAAGCCAAAAAUCAUUAUAUGCAACAUACUCUAAGAAACAAAGUCUUAAAUAUAAAUACAAAAUAACAAAAAUAAAAAUCCAAAUGUAAAUCCUAAUUUACACAUCCCUCUCUCUAUCUCUCUCCAACAGUGUAUGUAGUGAUGGAACAGUGCAAUGAGCUUUAUAAGCAGAGGCAAUAUAGGCAUCAAUGCCCCCCUAACUUGCUCCAAACUCUCAAGUGUAUGAGAGAGAAAGGUUAAUGAUUCGAAAUAGAUAAGAGUGAACUAGAGGGAGAAAGAGAGAGACCCAAGAAAAGCUUUCAUCAUAAUAUUUAACAUAAGCGAACUUUGAAGUGUCUAAGAAAAAGUUUUGAAAAGCUUUUGAUGCAGAAAGCUUAAGAGAACUUUUCUCCCCUAUCUCUUCCUCUCUCUUUAUUACUCCUUACUCUAACUUGUAAAAGCUGAACCUCCCACUAUCUUCAAAAUCUCUUCUUAUUCUUAUUUUUGUUUUUGUCUCUGGGUCUUGUUUCAUCAAAUCAAUCUCUACAAUCCAAAUACAAUAAAGUCAAAAAGAAAGAGAGAAAGAAAAGAAGCGACUGAUGAAAACAGAUCAAGGAGCAGUGGUGAUGUUGGAUGAUGCUGCUUCCAAGAAGAACACUGCUAACACACGUUGUGUGGUUUUUUCUUCUUCUGAUCCUUUACUCUCUUCUUCAGAAAAUGGGGUCACCACCACAAAGACAUCCAUUCAAAAGAGGAAAAGAAGACCUGCAGGAACACCAGAUCCAGAUGCAGAAGUUGUGUCACUAUCACCAAGAACUCUUCUUGAAUCAGAUAGAUACAUAUGUGAGAUCUGUAACCAAGGGUUUCAAAGAGAUCAAAAUCUCCAGAUGCAUCGAAGACGUCACAAGGUUCCAUGGAAGCUUCUGAAGAGAGACAACAACAUAGAGGUGAAGAAACGAGUCUAUGUUUGCCCUGAACCCAGUUGUCUUCACCAUGAUCCUUGUCAUGCUCUUGGAGAUCUUGUCGGAAUAAAAAAACAUUUCAGACGAAAACACAGCAACCAUAAGCAAUGGGUUUGUGAGAAAUGCUCUAAAGGUUAUGCUGUUCAAUCAGAUUACAAAGCUCAUCUCAAAACUUGUGGCACUAGAGGCCAUUCUUGUGACUGUGGUCGUGUCUUCUCCAGGGUGGAGAGUUUUAUUGAACAUCAAGAUAACUGUUCCGUACGGAAUGUUCACCAUGAACCGCCGCCACCGCCACAAACCGCCGUCAUUGUCACCGCCUGCUCCUCUAGAACCGCCUCAACUGCAAGCACUCCAUCUAGCGAAACGAAUUACGGUGGUGCGGUUACAGUUGCGACUCCUCUACCUCUAGAAGGACGUCCAAUUCAUAUCAGAAGCUCAUCUUUAACGCCUUUACUUCUCACCAAUUCAUCAAAUCUCAACCUUGAACUUCAGCUUCUUCCAUCGACGCCAAAUCUAAACCCUAAUCAAGAAAACCAACAACACAAAGUUAAAGAACCAUCUCUUCAUCAUCAUCAUCAUCAUCAUAAUCAUGAUACCACAAACUUAAACCUCUCCAUUGCUCCAUCAUCAUCAUCCUAUCAUCAUUACAACAACUUUGAUCGCAUAAAAGAACUAAUGGCGAGUGAAGAGAUCAUGAAGGAGAAAGCGUACGCGGAGGAAGCUAAAAGAGAAGCGAAGAGACAGCGAGAGAUAGCGGAAAAUGAGUUUGCGAAUGCGAAGAAGAUAAGGCAACAAGCACAAACUGAGCUUAAGAGAGCUAAGCUUUUAAAGGAACAAUCUAUGAAGAAGAUAAGCUCAACGCUUAUGCAAGUUACUUGUCAAACUUGUAAAGGACAGUUUCAAGCGACGGAAGAGACAUCUCUUGUGGUGAGUUACAUGUCGUCAGCGAAUACUGACGGAGAGGGAUCAUAGAGUUUGAUAAGGGUUUUAAUAUAUAGAAACUACGAAAAAUUAAACAUUAUAUCUGAUAAUUUUGUUUAUUAAAUUACGUGGGUUUCCUAGUUUUCCUCUUUUAUUACUAUAUUUUAUGUGAUGGUUAAUCAUUGUAAUCGCUGAAAAAUAAAAUUCCAUGCUCAUAGAACCAUUUGCAGUA